CAAAAAAGUCUAAGAAGUGAGAGAUUAAAGGAGUGAUUCUAAUUGAGUUUUUGGUUUUACUUUAUUACACAUAAUCUUAAUCUGUUUGUAUAGAAAUAUCAAUCAGCAAAUGGUUCAUUUAUUGCCGCCCCCAAUAUUCGCAACAUAAACUUUUUAGUCUUAGCUGGACUAACGAAGAAGCUUGUAGGUGGUCUGAAAAUACAAAUCUGGUGUAGAAAAUUUUGAGUUGGCCGAUUUGUACAUGAUUUCUUGUACAUACUUAAGCCAACAACAGGCUAGAUAGGGAUACAGGGAACAGACUGGUAUAGGUGUUGCAAACUUGGCUGCUAUUUUGCAGACUCCUUUACAACGACCGGAAAACAUCGCCACCUGUAACACACUAUUAUUGGUAUGGAAGAGGUAUCGUUGACCGAAACUGAAAGCCGUUACUACGGUGAUUUGUUCCUGUUCUGUGAUGAGGAGAAAACAGGUAAAAUACCCAUGCUUAAAGCAUCUGAAUUAUUUCGAUCAGCCAAUCUAUCUAACGAAAAAAUACUCGAGAUAACAUCUUUGGCCGGCAUACCUGACACUGCUCUACAUGUCUCACGUGCUCAGUUUUAUUCAUGUCUUAAAUUAAUUGCUGCUCAUCAGGCAUCUAUGCAAUUACGACAGGAGCUAAUAGCGGCAUCGGUGCAAUUGCCUUUACCUCGUUUCAGUUGGACAGACAGUUCGAGUAAGAUGGAAACAAGCAACCAUCAGCAGCAUCCUCAUGUGAUUCCACCUCCUCCAAUAACAGAUCGACGUAAUUCUCUUCAGCGUCGAACAGAGUGGCACGAUACUAAUCCGAUGAGAUCACGACGUAAUUCCUCUUCUCAUCAACAUAAGACGGACACUAUCACACUUAAUUCAGAUUUGCCAAGUACCGAUUCCGAAGUAGAUCAAUGUGAAUCAAGUUGUGGUGGAGAAGAUGGGGUAAUAGGUACCAAAAUAAAACAUCGUGGUGGUGGAUCACCAGAAGCAUGGAGUACAAACAGCGAUAGUCCCACACCAACAAACAGUGUGGCUGAAAGACCAUGGGCUAAAGAAACUCUCUGGCAUGGACUAUUAGGAGAUGAACAUCGGCAAUUGUUGGGAACAGAGGAGGAAUCCUCAGAUCGCCAUAGCAGUGAUGAUGAAAACGAAACGGAUUUAGAGACGGUUUACCAAAUUACACCAGAACAACGCGAAUAUUAUUUUAAUCAAUUCAAAAACGUACACCAUGAUACCAAUGGUUUGUUAUCCGGCCAAGUUGCAAGGGUAUUUUUUGAAAAAUCUCGAAUUCCAGUCGAAGAAUUGCGGCAUAUAUGGCAAUUGUGCGAUGUUACACGGGAUGGUGCUUUAAGUUUAGCAGAAUUUACGGCUGCCAUGCACCUUGUUGUUUUGCGUCGGAACAAUAUUCCCUUACCGGCUACUUUGCCGGUUUGUUUGCAUCCGACUGUUCUACAACACACAACACUUGGCAACCAAUUAUCAGCUCAAGAGCCCGCUGAGGCAGAUCUUCUGCAUUUGGAUGAAGAUGAUGAGGACAGCACCGACAAUACUAUAAUAGGAAUAAAGGCCGGAAUGGUUGUAGGUGGAAGUACUGAGAGUGGUGCACUGCUAUUAAAUGAAAAUACUGUCAUGAAUCUAAGCACACUAUCGGCAUCAUCGCAGGCAAGUGGCAGCUCUCGCCAGUGUGUUAAUGUUUGCACUAAAAAUCCGCAUUCAUUAACGCCACCUUCAAUACCUCCACCUGUAAAAAAUCGAAGCAUUUCAAAUUCCCCAAAAGCGGAUAUGCCAGCCUCUACAUCCCCUUUGAAUGCACCCAGUGGAAAGUUGGGAUAUAGCGCAAAUACAGAUUGUUCCUUAUGGGCAACAACUGCAAGCAAUGACGAACAUUUACAAUUUGUAACAACCGAUACGCAACCAAGUCAAUGGACUAAAUUUAAUGAAUCUCCGACAUCAAAUGUCUCUAGUCCUGGUCCGAAACCUGUCAAUUUCGACAUGCAACGUACAGCGCAAGCUGUCGUCUCUGAUCCACAAAUAUUGCAUCCAGUGCCAUUGAGAGUAACACCUGUUGGUGGUGUCAUAACUUCUAACGUACCCACUGUUCCUGUCAACGAUAAAUAUGGUCAUGAUUCAGGUGACAAUGGCGCUUCCAUUCGAGAACCUAGUCCAAAGUCAUCUUUCAUAGCAUCAAACAAUGCGCCACAUCAUCGCGAUUCAUUGCAACACAUUGAUUUGAGGGCAAUUCAACGCCCCCAAGCUAAAAAACUACCAACAAAAAAUAUUGGAGCCAUACCUCCACCACCCCAACGUGAGCCAGCAACGAUGUCUGCAUCAGUAGUGGCAACUACAUCAAACAUCCCAGACAUUGGAAAUGCAAAUAUUGCAGCUUUAAGUGGAUCUAGUGUUCUCUCUCCUUCCACGCAUAUAAAUAAAAAGGAUCCACCGCCGUUGCCACCCCCACGCCCUCAUCGUCAUGGACGUAGCAGCAGUUUAGAUUUAAAUAAGUUUAAAAUUGGAACCAUAAACGGCGCACAACCAGAGAUUAUGGCCCAAGCUAGCUUUGAUUUGCAAACCACAGGUUUCGCUGAUUUCACAACAGGAUUUUCCGAUGACAGCCAUACGCCCAGUGUUAUUACUGAAAUACAACAAAUGCAUUCCUUGCCGCCGCAAACUUUGCAGGGGCGUGCUAUUCCACAAGUUCCCUCUGCCCAGGCAAUGCCACCUACACGCCUUUCACUUCAAUCAAAUCAACGCGUAUCCGCUUUUGAGAUCUAUCGGAAACCAAACACUCCACGCAAUUCUCAAUCUCCAAAGCCGUUGACGACUUCAAAUGUCGUUGGUCUACAGCCGCCGUUACCGCCUCCGUUUGGUUCUGUUGGGGUGGCAGCUCCCACAGUUUUGCCCAAUUCUGAAAUAUAUGAAAAGAGAGUGAAUGCUAUUAGCGAUACGCUGCGUCAUGUGUCAUUCAAACAAGAAAAUAACCAAAACAAUAUGACUGAUGUGUUGCGCCAUUUGCGCGAACAAAACAAUCUUUUAUUGCGCUUAUGCAAUGAUCUCAGCGAUGAAUUACUUACAGUGCAAACAAGAAAAGAGGAAAUGAGACUUCAACUGGAAGCUUCAUCAGCAGCCAGCACCGACAUGGCACUGCCAUCUGUUGCAUUGACUGCAACAGCAUCAACGUCGGCCUUGGGCCACGUUGCAGUGAUACGUACUGGCUCUUCAAUAUCGGCACCAGUUACUGCCAACGUUACCGGUGGUUCUGGAAGUUCCGGUGUCCAUUCAAAUGUUUAGACAGCUUAUAUUGUUAACAAGUAUGUUAUAUCCUUGAUAGAUGUUGUUUGUUAAUAAGAUAUGCAACAAUACGUAUUCUCCGGAAUAAUUGGAUUUAAUUUGAAAAUGUAUGUAUGUUCACAAUAAUAGACUAUAAUACAAUCACAUUACCACUACCCUCCCACGUACACAAUAUCGCGCUAACACACAACUUCUAAAGUCAUCGUGAGGAUACUUAAGCCUCCUAAAACUAAUUACAUACAUACAUAUACGUUCAUGUGUCGAACAAUCGCCUGGGACUUUGAAAUGAGUUUCGAAAUUCCAAUUGAAUGUGUUGCAUACGAUGCGUAUCAAAAACAUUACCUUCGUACAUGUAAAUGUAUAAAAUUGUUAUUUAUUCAUAAUUAUUUAUUAUUGUAAUAUUAUUAACUAUUAAUGUUUCUCAUACAAACGAAAACCUAAAGAUAUCUCUGAAAUCAACUCAAUUUAAGAUCGAUAGACAUGAAAUGAAGAUAUGUAUAUUACUCAUCUUUCAGACAAUUUUUAUUUUUUUAUAGUAUUUUAUGUUUUCUUCUAUAAAAACAAACAAAAAUGAAAAAUAUAAGAAAGAUUUCUAUUGUAUUUUUCUACAACAACAAAAAUUCAGAUUCCUUAUCACAUAUACAAAUCAUAUUUUUAGUAUUCCGAAC